GGCUCCGGCGCCGGCUCCGGCUCCUCCCGGCCGGCCGCCCGCCCGCCGGGGCCGAGGCGACGUGAGGUAGUAAAAAUCCAUGUGGGACAGCUCCGGGGCGAGCAUCGGAAAGGUAUGGGGCUCCAGCUGUGAGAGACAGACAAGCGGGAAGAAAACUCUUGGAAAAUGGGCUUAGACGCAAAUCUCUGAUUGGAGUAAUUUUCUGGUACAGACUACGACAAGAAUGCAUUGAAAAUUCUGGUCAACAGUGGAAAUAUUGACAUAAGCCCCAACUUAGUAUAGCAUUUCUUCUCUUGAAAAGUAACUCAUAAUACAAGAAAAAUGUAUGGAAGUGCAAGAACAAUCACCAAUCUGGAAGGUAGUCCUUCCAGGUCUCCUCGUUUGCCAAGGUCACCUCGUUUGGGCCAUAGGAGAACAAGUAGUGGGGGAGGUGGAGGAACGGGCAAGACUCUGUCUAUGGAAAACAUCCAGUCUCUUAAUGCAGCCUAUGCUACGUCUGGACCCAUGUAUCUGAGUGAUCAUGAGGGAGUGGCUUCAACAACUUACCCAAAGGGCACCAUGACCCUGGGCAGGGCCACAAAUCGAGCUGUAUAUGGAGGCCGAGUCACAGCCAUGGGGAGCAGUCCCAAUAUUGCUUCCGCUGGACUUUCCCACACAGAUGUCCUUUCAUAUAUGGAUCAACAUGGUGGUCUGACCAGCUCAUCCCAUCAUCACCACCACCAGGUCCCCUCCAUGUUGAGGCAGGUAAGAGAUAGCACAAUGUUAGAUCUUCAAGCCCAGCUAAAGGAACUUCAGAGAGAGAAUGACCUCCUCCGGAAAGAGCUGGACAUCAAGGACAGCAAGUUGGGAUCUUCCAUGAACAGCAUCAAGACAUUCUGGAGUCCUGAGCUUAAGAAAGAGAGAGUCUUGAGGAAAGAAGAGGCAGCUCGGAUGUCUGUCCUCAAGGAGCAGAUGAGGGUUUCCCAUGAAGAAAAUCAGCACCUGCAGUUGACGAUCCAGGCCCUUCAGGAUGAACUGCGAACCCAGAGAGACCUCAAUCACCUCCUGCAGCAAGAGAGCGGCAACCGGGGAGCUGAGCACUUCACUAUUGAGCUGACGGAGGAGAACUUCAGGCGGCUGCAAGCUGAGCAUGACAGGCAGGCCAAGGAGCUGUUCCUUUUGAGGAAGACAUUAGAGGAGAUGGAGCUGAGAAUUGAAACGCAGAAGCAAACCCUCAAUGCCCGAGAUGAAUCCAUAAAAAAGCUUCUUGAGAUGCUGCAAAGCAAGGGUUUGCCAUCCAAAAGCCUGGAGGAUGAUAAUGAGCGGACAAGGCGGAUGGCAGAGGCGGAGUCUCAGGUCAGCCACUUGGAAGUGAUUUUAGAUCAAAAGGAGAAAGAGAACAUACAUCUGCGAGAGGAAUUGCACCGAAGAAGCCAACUUCAGCCCGAGCCGGCCAAGACGAAGGCUCUCCAGACUGUCAUUGAAAUGAAGGAAGCUUCACGUUUUAAUUUUGGUCCUGAUUUGGUCUGGCAGGACACAAAAAUUGCUUCAUUGGAGCGAAACAUCAGGGAUCUUGAGGAUGAGAUCCAGAUGUUGAAAGCCAAUGGUGUACUGAGCGCAGAGGACCGCGAGGAAGAGGUCAAACAGAUAGAGGUUUACAAAAGUCACUCCAAGUUUAUGAAGACAAAGAUUGAUCAGCUGAAGCAGGAACUUUCAAAGAAGGAGUCGGAACUUCUUGCCUUACAAACAAAGCUUGAAACCCUUAGCAAUCAAAAUUCAGAUUGCAAGCAACACAUUGAAGUGCUUAAAGAGUCGCUUACUGCCAAAGAACAGAGGGCUGCCAUCCUUCAGACGGAGGUAGAUGCACUGAGAUUACGACUGGAAGAGAAAGAAUCUUUUCUCAAUAAGAAAACAAAACAGCUGCAAGACCUCACGGAAGAGAAGGGGACUCUGGCUGGAGAGAUUCGUGACAUGAAGGAUAUGUUAGAAGUGAAGGAAAGAAAAAUCAAUGUGCUUCAGAAAAAGAUUGAAAACUUGCAAGAACAACUUAGAGAUAAAGACAAGCAGCUGACCAAUCUAAAAGACAGAGUGAAGUCCUUGCAGACGGAUUCCAGUAACACGGAUACUGCGCUGGCAACCCUAGAGGAGGCUCUGUCGGAGAAGGAGAGAAUAAUUGAGCGCUUGAAAGAACAGCGGGAGAGAGAUGAUCGAGAAAGACUAGAAGAGAUAGAAUCCUUCCGAAAAGAGAACAAAGACCUGAAGGAGAAGGUCAAUGCUUUACAAGCUGAGCUGACUGAGAAAGAGUCUAGUUUGAUUGACCUCAAAGAACAUGCAUCUUCAUUAGCCUCUGCUGGGCUGAAAAGGGACUCCAAAUUAAAAUCUCUAGAAAUAGCCAUCGAACAAAAGAAAGAGGAAUGUAGCAAACUUGAAGCACAGUUAAAAAAGGCACAUAAUAUUGAAGAUGACUCCAGGAUGAAUCCCGAGUUUGCAGACCGGCUAAAGCAGCUAGAUAAAGAGGCCUCUUACUACCGUGACGAGUGUGGCAAGGCCCAAGCUGAGGUUGAUCGGUUGCUGGAGAUCCUCAAGGAGGUGGAGAAUGAAAAAAAUGAUAAGGACAAGAAGAUUGCAGAACUUGAGAGGCAUAUGAAGGAUCAGAAUAAGAAGGUGGCCAACCUCAAGCACAACCAACAGCUGGAAAAGAAAAAGAAUGCUCAGUUACUGGAAGAAGUUCGCAGGCGAGAGGAUAGCAUGGCUGACAACUCACAGCAUUUGCAGAUAGAGGAACUGAUGAAUGCGCUGGAGAAGACCAGACAGGAACUGGAUGCCACCAAGGCGCGCCUCGCCUCCACCCAGCAGUCCCUGGCUGAGAAGGAAGCCCACUUGGCCAACCUCCGGAUAGAGAGGAGGAAACAGCUGGAGGAGAUCCUGGAGAUGAAACAGGAAGCACUACUUGCAGCAAUCAGUGAAAAAGAUGCAAACAUUGCUUUGUUGGAAUUGUCUGCCUCCAAAAAGAAGAAGACACAAGAGGAAGUCAUGGCCCUCAAGCGGGAGAAGGACCGACUAGUACAUCAGUUAAAGCAGCAGACCCAGAACAGAAUGAAGCUGAUGGCAGACAACUACAACGAGGACCACCACCAUUACCACCACCACCACCACCACCACCACCGAUCUCCCGGGAGGUCACAGCAUUCCAAUCACAGGCCUUCUCCGGACCAGCUAUCAGAAGGGCUGAAUAAAAGGAAAAGGCAGCUCUGCAGCAAUAUUCUGCUAAUCUAUGGCGGUGCAGCUCUCAGCACUGUCCAGCACCACCCGGAGCGGCUCACCAGGACCCGAGGGGAGCGUGCACUGUCCGUCCUGAGUGUGAUUCUGUUCAGUUUACUAUUUUCUGCGCCAUCUCAUGUCACUUCGCGUGGAUUCGGAUGUGGUGGGAAGGAAGAAGGCAGAGGAGGAGAAGAAAGGACAGACCCUCUACUUAUGGGGGCUGGGAUUUGGGCAUUUGAAAUGUGAUCAUCUCUUUCGAGUGUCCUUGUUUGUUAACAUUUUAUUUGUUUUCCUUAAACGUCAUUGGAUAAGUUGAACUCCACGGACUUUGAAGUCUGAAUUCAGCUUCCUUUGGACAACUUGCUUCAUCCCCAGUGAUGCCGUGGGUUCUGUCUCAGUGGUCAUUCCUAGUGUAGUAGAUUAUCAAGCAGUGUGAAUUCAUAGUGAGUGGGUGGUGUUGGAAGUGUGUGGAUACCGCAGUGUGUAGAGUGAUUGACAAAGCAACCAAAACACCAAAAAGUGCGGGCCUUUACCCUCCUCUAUUUCUUUAAUCCGCUGUUCGAAGAACCUCAUUUUGAUGGUAUCACCAGUAGUUACCUCUGGGCCAGGUUGGAAAUGAAAUCAAUUUUUAACCACUACUUGCCAAGAAAUCGCCUUAUGAGAACAUGGUGUGUGUCUCUGACAAUGCAUGGCACAUCUAAAUUGGUCACUCAUCAUUUUAUCUCCCUGCUUAUGUACUGGAGCAUGGCGAGAGCCUGGGGCCCCUGCACACCCCCUCCGUGCAUGUGCACGGCUGGACCUGACGCCGCCUCAGGCUGUUACCUCUCUAGUACAUGCAGGUCUCCACGAAGAAGCUGGGACUCGUUCACAUUUCAAGAUCCAAACGCUGUGCAAACAGUGUAAGCUUAGGUCUUCUGUAAACGAAGGGUCAUUUCUCAUUUUUGGCUUUUUUUUUUUUUUCCAACGUGUCCAACAUGGAUUCCAAAGCAUUUUCAGCACCAAACAUGAACACAUUGCUGAAUGAGGAACAAUCACAAAAGCUGUGUAUCUGUAUAUAGCUCUACAUGACAUGUCUGUGGAUACAGAGUUCAUUCUUUAAAGCACAUGCCAGGGGAGGAGACCGAAUUUUAAGGUCUUUUACAUCCAGUGACAUGGUACUAAGGAGAAUUAAACUCCUAACGCUGCCACUGAAGAUGAUUAAAAACAUUCAAGUUGUUCUAACUCCGUGGCACUCAUGACCAAACCUGGCAAACAGCUACAACUCUUGUAUGGACCCAUUUUCUUGUCACUGGAAGCAACCUUUCCACAUGUAUGCAAGUGGGAGGUGAAAACCUGCUUUUUGGUUUUUUUUUUUUUAAGGACAAACAAUGAAUUUAAGCAUGAGUGGCCUUAAUCAAUAGAGUUGUCUUUCUUUGCUGCUGUGGAAAGCAUUCCAAACGGAUGUCCCUGAAGUCUUGCAUUGAAUUUAGUCAUUACUAUUACUUUUUAAAACGUUGGUGCAAUUAACUCUGAGCCUCUCUUGUGAGCCAUAGAGAUAUUGAAAAGACAAACUCCUUAUUUAUUGAGGAAGAGGAAACCAGCUCCGACUUGCACCUCUCCUUGAUGCAUUGGGAGUAACGUAGUCACGCAGGUUUCUUGCUUCUGGCUUUGUUCUUGUCAGUGAGUACAGCAAACUACAUGAAGCUUAUGUGUCGCCUAAACAAUCCAAAUAUGUUCAUGUUUAAAACGUUUGUCCUUUAACUAUCAAAGAGAUCUAGGUCUUGGUUGAAGGAGUAAACAGAGUUCUUUGCAAGCUUAUAUUGUGACAUGAUGUCACACUGGAAACCCGGGCCACAGAUGAGUCCCCAUGGACAGUUUGGGUGUCCUCAAGGGGCGGUCCUCACUGCCUCCCAAAACCAGGUCCUGACCUAAACUCUGCAGCUGAAUACUUGAAGUAGGAAGUAGAAAUUCCAAUAGGUCAAAUAGAGUCCUUGAAACAAACAAAACAACCAGUUGUGUGUGGUUAUCUAUUUCUACGUAUGUGCCAAUUUUGUCACAGCUAUUAUUUAGGGGAUCAUGUUUUGCCCCACUUCGGUUGAUUAAAAGUAUUAUUGAUCUCACCUUGAUAGGGGCUUGUCACUUAGUCCCUGAAAAGUUAAAAUUCUAUCCAACAUAGCAUCAUUUCUCACUUCUUGUACUAUUCUCUGAUAUUUCAGUAUUACCCCCCAAAAAAUCCCUUUUCACACCCUAUCAAAAUAGUCUCUGGGUUUACAGCAAACACUGUGAUGCUAGGGAAGAUAUUUCCUUUUGCACAAACUUUGGCAGAUUCCCUUCUAAUCAUAAGGUAGUUGGAGAAAAAGUUGGGGCUAACGUUUAAGAGAAGUUGGUCUUACUUUGUGCAAAAUCAGGCUUGUACCUUACACCCCAUUUGAUUUCCAUGUACAGUCUCAAUUUUGUACUUAAUGAGUUUUGUGUAUCCAGUAUGCACGUUAACAGCGUGUCAACUUUCAUUUGAAAGUGGGUUUCAACUUACUUUUUCAACAGUUUCUGAUGAGACCUCAAACGUGUUGACAUGAGCUCUAUCCGCAGUGUUCUUGUGUAGAGUGGUCUUUGAAUGCUGCCAGGGGCGGUGUAUCUAACUCCCUGAGACCCUCGUUUGAUAGUGCUUCUUGUAAUAUUUCUCCAAGUGAGUGGCAUGUGGGUUGUGAUAUUGACCAUGUGAUUAUGGACAUCGAUAUGACAAAAAUGAAUAAAACUAAGGAAUCCUCAAGACUUCCAGUGGGCAUGUAUUAGCCAGUCAUUGUAACCUCGUGUCUAGUAGAAGUACAACGUAAGCAGUGUGUACAGUUCAUGACCUUGUUAUCAUGCGUAUGAGAAGUACUUUGUGCUG